AUGCGGUUCAUGGAGCGCGAGGACCCGCCGCCAUCGCUGUCCAAGAUGACGGCGGACCUCAUCCAGGAGGAGCGCCGCCUGCAUCGUCCCAAGAAGCGCACGCCCGUGCUCGCCAUCGGCGGGCCAAGCCCCGGCUCCUUCGCUGCAUCGCCGAUGCACGCUGGCACGUCGCCCUCCGACACGAGCGGUGGACCAUGCUGUCCACCUGCAGAGCGCGUGACUUGCGCGUUCUGCAACUUCCGCGGCCACUGCGCGCAGCAGUGCCGCAAGCUGCAGGCGGCCAAGCGCUACCACGUCAUCGACGUGCGGCAGAUCCUGGCUACGCUUCGCAACCACGGCAACGGCAACGGCAAGCGGCCAGGAUCCUCUCGCCCGCAGCACGGACGAGCAGCUCCAUUCAAGAAGGCGGCCGUCGUCAGCCACGCGCCUCAGCGCGUGGAGACCUUCGCCAUCCACCACGAUGCCCUCAUGCUGCAGCCCGAGGGCGAGGAGGAGGGCCACGCCAUCGGACCAGUGCCACCACAGCUGUGGCUCGCUGACAGCGGUGCCACGGCGCACAUCACCAGCGACGCCUCCCUCCUCACCAACUACGUCGCCGUCACGCAGCACGUCACCGUUGCCAACAGCCAGACCGUCACGGUCAUCGGCAAGGGCGACGCCGUGCUCCGCGUGACUGGCACAGACGGCGCUCCAGGCACCAUCACGCUCAAGAACGUGCUGCAUGUCCCCGACAUCAACUCCAACCACGCGACCUUGGCAGGCUCCAUCUGUGACCAGCUGCUGGUGUCCGAGACCCUCGGCGACAAGGGACACCUCUGGUGGGCUCAACCCACCUCGUGUCACGUUGCCACCAGCGCUGCUGGCACGGGGGAGAAGACAUCAAACAUGCUGUCACGUCAGCUGAGCCAGCCACCGUCAAGGAGAGCGCUUGCCUCGCCAGACUCUGAGGAGUGGCGCCAAGCCAUCCUUAAACACACACACCACCUGUCGUGUUUCUACAUCCUGGACGAGUUUGCGGCAAUGCAGGCCAAUGACGUCUACGACGUCGUGCCUCGCGCUGACCUUCCCAAGGGCCACAAGCUUCUCCGCAGCAUGGUCAUCUUUCGGAGGAAGCGCGAUGACCAGGGCAAGGUGAUCAAGUACAAGGCGCGCUGGGUUGCCAAGGGCUACUCCCAGGUCCACGGUGUCAACUACACGGACACCUUUGCCCCGACGGCUACCAUCGCAGCCAUCCGCACCAUGCUCGCCAUGGCCGUCGCGCGUGGCAUGGACAUCCAGCAGAUGGACGUCAACACGGCGUUCCUCAACGCGCCCGUGGAUCACGAGAUCUACGUCCAGCCACCGGCCGUCGACGGCAUCUUCUCGCCGAAUACGGUCCUGCGCCUCAAGCGCGGGCUGUAUGGGCUGAAGCAGAGCCCGCGCCUGUGGAACCACACGCUGGACGCCUGGAUGCGCGAGCAGGACUUCGUUGCCACAGCCACGGACGCCUGCAUCUACCGCCGCACCUGCAAGGGUGGCAAGGUGAUGUGGGUUGCCGUCUACGUGGACGACCUCCUCAUCUUCGCCGACAGCGACAGCGACAUGGCCGCGUUCAAGAAGGCCAUCUCCAAGCGCUUCAAGAUGAAGGACCUGGGCAGCCCAGACAUUUGUCUCGGCAUCAAGGUGCAGCACGACCGCAAGGCCAGGACCGUCACCAUGAGCCAGGAGCACUACCUGCGCAACGUGCUGGAGACCUUCGGCAUGGCUGACUGCAAGCCCGUCGGCACGCCGCUCUGCACGGGCUACGUCGACAAGCCAGCCGACAAGGAGGAGCCACUGCCGGACGUGCCGUUCCGCGAGCUGCUUGGCUCCCUCCUCUAUGCUGCGACGAUGACGCGCCCAGACAUCUCGGCAGCUGUCUCCAUCCUGUCUCGCCGCAUGCAGCACUUCGGCAUGGACCACUGGAAGGCUGCCAAGCACCUUCUUCGCUACAUCAAGGGCACCUUGUCCUACACCAUCAAGUACGCCGCCACUGGCGACGCCAGCAACGGCAGCACUGCCGACGGCGUGCUCUCAGCGUACUCGGAUGCGUCCUUUGCCUCCGACGUUGACACGCGACGUUCCCGCACGGGCUUCGUCGUCUUCUGUUCCACGGGCCCCGUGUCCUGGAACUCCAAGCUGCAGGCCACCGUGGCCACAGCCUCCGCCGACGCGGAGUACAUGGCUCUCGCAGCCACCGCACAGGAACUCAUGUUCCUUCGCCAACUCCAGGAGGAGCUCACCGGUGCCGUCCUGUGCGAGCCCACGCUCGUCCACACGGACAACCAGCCGGCGCAGCGCGUUGCCGAACACGCCGCCUCGCGCAUGCGGCACAUCCUCGUCAAGUACCACUACAUCCGCGAGUGCGUCGACACCAAGAGGAUUGUGCUGAGCUACCUCGCCACGGAGCACAUGAUCGCAGAUCUCCUCACGAAGAUCCUCCCUCGGCCCAAGACGGCUCAGUUCUGCACGAUGCUGUUCGACCAGCGUCCUCUGCCAGGCUGCCAGCCACGGGCCCGUCCUCAUUCGGGCCGGUCGCCACGUCCUUCGACUCCGCGUCAGGACCUCUGA